AUGGUAGAAAUUAAUAUUGAUUUGGAAAAUACGAAAGAAGAGCCAGUUGAUAAAGAAAAGAAAUAUUUCGGCUUCAUUGAUGAAAAACUACUCGGGCAAGUUAUCCAAAACAAUAAGACAGCGGAGACAAUGGAAGCGGUUAUUGAUAACUUAACAGAAAGAAUAUUAAAAAAACAUGAUAAAAAGAAGAAUGUUUUUAUUGUUGGCAUAGAAAUGGAGGGCAUUCCUUAUUUUAGAGAAGUUGAAAUCGGGCAAUUUAGAGCAUGGUUGGCGGAUGCGGUGCCUCCUAUUCAUGGAUUUUUUUAUGAUAAGAUGGAGGGGAUUAUCAAAGAAUUAGCAGCGGAGAAAAGUAUAAAAAUAAUGGAAGUAAAUAAUAGAAUACUUGAAUUAAAGAAAAGAGUUCAGCGAGUAAUUGAUUAUUGGCAAGGUCAGAAGUCUUUCGCGGUUGAUAUUCACAAAGGACUAUUUAAGAAGUUAGACAAUUUAAGAGAAUUAGAAGCAAUUGAAAAUAUGCCAGCCUAUAUUUUAAAUGCCUAUAUCAUUUACAAGCGGGCUUUUUAUAGCAAUUGGCAAGAGGAACAUUUAAAGGUUAAUCAAUUUGACAGGGAUGGUUAUUUAGCAAAAUUGGAGUUUGAAAUUGAAAUCUUGGAGAAAGAUAGUUUGAAGGACUUCAUGAAUGAAUUAGAUAGAAGAAUUGAGGAAGGGCAAAUUAAGCCUAUCCAAAUUAUAGAAAUAUUAAGAAAAUACAAUGGAAAUAAGAGAAUCGGCCAAGAACAAUAUAUCAACUAUAAAAAGCGAGUUGAAAAGUUGGCGAAUGUUGUAGAGGUAGAGUUUGAUUAUUUGGAUGAAAUGAUAAAAAUAACGGACAUGGCACUUUUACCAGAAAAAAGUAAAGAAAGAGGUUAUAAAUGGGUGAAUAAGCCAAAAAGUAAAGAUGAAAUGCGAGCCAAGGAAGAAAUAAUUGUCUUUGAUUUGGUAAAUGGUAAAAAUGUUGAAGAUGGAGGGCUGGGAGUAGGUUAUGGCGAUUUUAGUUAUAAUUUAUUUCAGCCAGAAAAGAAAGGACAAGGGGAAAGAAUAAACGAAAUACUUUUAUACAUUAAGCACAAAAUCUUAAUGGCUAUAAUGGCUAAUAAAGGAGUAUUGAUAAUAAUUCAGUUGGGAUGGAAUAAAGAACUUAAUAUUAUUGCUGAAAGACUUAUUAAAUGGUUAACUGAAAAUGGUUAUAGAUGGAUUUAUGUUGUAGGUAGGAAAAUUAAAGAGUUUAAAAGGACUUAUCCUAUUAAAAUAAAAGAAAUUUUAAAUAGAAAUAUAAAAGAUGUUGUUCUUCUUAUCUUAAUAGUUCAAGGGAAAGAAUUAGGGGAAUUAAGACAAUGUUCUUUUUUUGAUAAGAAAGGGUUUUGUAUGAUUGCUACGACUGAAAAGUUUAAGGAUAGGUUUUAUUGUUCUAGUCAUCAUAAAUUAUUAAUUGAAUAUGAUAAAGAAAUUAAAGAGCAAAUAAAAAUAUUGAAUGAGGAAGAAAAAAAGGGAAAAAUGAUUGAAUUGGUUGGAGUAUUAGAGAGUUAUAUUUCAAGUAAAAAGUAA